CGCAUGCCGCUUCUCGCCAAACCAACACCACCACGGAUAUGAGCGUGAACGUGAACAACUUCUCCACUGUGAUGAAGCUCAUCCAGCGGGUGGGCUGGAAGCAGGUGGCCAGGGACCUCAUGCGCGAGGGAAAGGUGAUGCCUGGCACGCUGGUUGGCGUGGACAAGCUUGGGAACCGCUACUACGAGGACAGGACCCAGAUGUUCGGCCAGCAUCGUCGCGUGGAUUACGCGAGCUCACAGCCUGACGGCAGCCAGAUCCCUGGCGAGUGGCACCGCUGGAUGCAUUACAUGACCGACGACCUGCCCAACUCCGAGGAGCCCCUCAAGAAGUGGCAAGCAAUGCACACAGAGAACUACACCGGCACAACGAAGCAGUAUGUGCCCUACUCCACAACCAAGCCCAAGAUUGAGGCGUGGAAGCCCCAGCAAUGAGAACCAACCAGCGCAAGCCAGACUGUCAUGCAUGUUUCGGUUGUGCAUGAUCCCGUGCAUGUAUGUACUUACGCAUUGUGAGUGUGUGUAUGUAUGUCCGUACGCAUUGUGUGUGCGCGUGUGUGCGUGCGUGAACGACAGCACCGCCCUCUCUUCGGCGUCUUGUGUGCACAUGUGCGGGUGUCAGUGGCUGUGAUGGUGGAUUAGAAGCAUGCCGUGUACUCGCUCGCGUCUCACAACAAUGAAGAGAAUGAGGCCAUA